UUACACGAAUAAGAAGCUGCCAGGUAGAAGGGUGGGGUGAGGUCUGACUCAUCAGAUCUGCAGUGGCUUUGAACAAAUAAUGAUCAUCAGUUAUGUCUCUGGCAUCAAAGAAACCGUGUCGAGCGCUAAUGUCAACAGUGUUUCAGAAUCUAUAUUCAACAAUGAGUUGUGAAUUGACAAGCAUACAUGCAGGAAAUAUUGAAGAAGUUCACGAAAUACCUAUGCGAGUUCUGAUUAGGCCAUUUCCACCAGAAAUUGAUGAAGAAAAAAUUCAAAGUUUGAUGACUACUUUGAGUGAUCCAGAAACAGAGUCUCUGGUCCCACCAGUUGAUAUUUUGUGGAUUGAAGGUAGAGAAGGAGGAGAUUAUUACUAUUCAUUUGGAGGCUGCCACCGUUACACGGCACAUCAAAGACUCGGCAAGCAAACGAUAAGAGCAAAAUUAAUCAAAUCAACUGUAAAAGACUUGCGCAGUUAUCUUGGAAACUCGACACCAGAUCUCAAAUAAUUAGUUUGUUAUUCAAAAGAAGUAUCUUAUCAAUACUUCAUCGAUUUGAGCCCACAUGAAUUUUUGAUUCUAACUAUAUGUAAGAGUUGAAAUAAGAAUAAUUGUGAUCUAUAAAAUUAUCGUUAUCUCUCUGUGCCAAUGAUUUUUAAUAUUCACCACUAAUUUAUCAAGGUAGAUCAUGAAGACAGUCAUUGAAGCAUGUAUUUCGUUUUGCACAGCCCUGAAAAGUAUCAUAAGAAGUUAGUAAAAAUGAACAGAAAACUUGUUCGAACUUUUGGUCAUCACCGAUGAAGCGCAGUAUUGUUUACUCCUGCAUGUCUGGUAACUCGUUUAGCCACUUGUUAUUUAUAGAAUUGCUCACCGUAUUGAACAAAAGUGAAUGCUUAAUUCGUCUUCGAUCGUUGAAAUUACCAAAUGAAUAUGUAUGCAGUGGCGCAUUUAAAAAUUUAUAACAUUCUUAAAAUAAUUAAGACGGUAAUAAAGUUGUUUCAAUUACGGAACUGAUGAUGAACAAAACACUUGAAGAAUUGUAUGAACAUGCGAUAACCAGGCUUUGGAAUUUUGUGCUUUUGGUAAAGAGGAUUUAACAAAAUUUACAAGGCUGAAUAAAGUCUAAGAUUUCCUGUUGAUAAUAUCAAUCAUGAUUAGUACAGAACUUUACAAUUUUCGUUGUUAUAAAAACGAAAUUUGAUGCAGAGAUCUCCAUUGAUUUGAACAUAAAAAGAAGCGCUAUGUACUAGUCCUGAAAUACCUGCUUGCUUCCACAGAAACAUUGAGAAAGAGUUUGUGACAUUCCAAAAACGUUUACCGUGCUUGCCCAUACCAUGUAAAUAAGUUUUUUCACACUGUCUUCAUAAUCACAGACUAAGUUGAUAUUAUCCUACAGUCUAAAAUAGGUUGGUCAAACCGCGAAACGUGUUAGUUGACUGAUAACAUUACCAUAUAUGCAUACUUUGAUAAUGCAUAGUAAUAUCACGGGGGUAAUGUAAUGACUACAUUUAGCCACUAAACCGAAGUAGAAAAAAAAAUAAUGUUUGCAUUGCAAAAAUACUUCCACAUAUCGUAAUGCUUUGUAUGGAAAUGUUGUCAUUGGGACUUUAAAAUGAGAAUUUAAUUCCUCAAAAUUCAUUGCACGUGCAUAUAUCACACUCAAGUUACUCAUCAAUAUCCCUAGCAACUUAUAAACUAUUUAAAAAAUAACUUAUUUUUUCUUUGCUGUAAUAUUUUUCAUUUCAUUUGAGAAAAAUGUAAUUUGUGGGUAUGUCGACGACUGUAUUGUGGAUGCAUAGAAGUCAGCUUAAUGGUAGUCGACAAUCUUAAACAACUGUUCGCAUCGCUGUAUACCUAGAGUGAAACAAUAAUAAGGAGGCUGCAAACUGUAUUUUGAUGCAAGUAUAUUCACUAGAAAUGAGAUAUAAUUGUGAUAACACUUUGUACUGGGUAUUAUUAGUGAAAAAGAAGAAAAACCAUGAUUUUUAUCAUUAAAGUAAUGGCUGUGAAUUCAUAAUUCGAAAUACAUGUCGUAACGCGGUCACUUUUGGCUCAUAUUAUACAUUGUUAAAUAAUUAUUUUAUUUUAUUGACCAAGAAAUGGUAUAUGCAUUUCAAUUAUGAAUUCGUCCUAUCCAUUCAAUACGUACAAUAUAUUAAUUAGAGGAAAUACUGAAAUAUUGAAUAUUAUCUAGUAGUAUCCAUUUCUUACUUAAUGCUAAGUAUAUUAAUUUGUCAGUACCAAUUUAUCAAGUGUUACUGUUAUACAUAUAACUAGUACUAUAAGAAUUUAUGAAAAUACAUACGUUUGUAUGUACGGUGAAGAAAAUUGUUACAAUUUUUUAUAUAUAUAAAACGUUCCGCAUGAAUACAAUCAUUGAAAAGA